CCUUUAAAUCUCCCUGCAGCUUUGGGAUGAUCAGAGCAGGCCACAAGGAGACAGCAACAAGAGCUGCCUCUUUAACCUUAGGAAGACUUUUCCAACCAAAACUUCACCCCUGCUAUUACAGUAGAAGAAUGGAUCCCACCAGGCGCAGAGAGCCGGUCUGCAGGAGUCUGUUUGGCGCUGUGGACCACGAACAGCUGCGCCGCGACUUGAAGCUGAAACUGAAGGAGAUCAGUGAGCAGGAUAUCCGCCGCUGGAACUUUAACUUCCAGACUGACACGCCGCUGCCUGGCAGGUUUCAGUGGGAGGAAAUCCCCGCACAUUGCGCUGCUGCUUUCUAUCAGAAGUCCGCACAGCUGAAGGACGCUGUCUGUUCGCCAAACACUGAGGAUGAUGACAAGUUGAGCGACAGUGAAGAAAGCGCAGGGACCGACCAGGAAAACUGCUCCCGCAUCUCCAACACCCACAAGUGUCCCGCUGAAGUGACGCCCUCCAAGCAGCCAGCCAAGCCCAGAAGCAACACGCCAAUUACUGAUUUAUUCGCAAAGAGAAGAAGGACAACAGAAACCAAGGGCACCCUGAAUCCUUUUCACACAAGUCCCACUGAAGCAGCUCUUUGUAAAACAAUAAGAUGAAUUUGCAACUGAAAACGCACUUUUUCUACAGAAACUUUCAUGGACUGGACCAAGGUCAUGCCCCAAAGGGAUUUUAUGUGUGCCUGAGAUGAAAUUCUACAAUUUUGUAUUAUUUAUUCUAUGUAUGGACAUUUUUAUUUAACUUAUUUACAU